AUGAAAAAACGAAAUUUAUCAACUGUAAGGAAAUCUUUCAUUCCCGAUCAAGAUCAUUCCGAUCACGACCAGAACACUCUCAACAACAAGGAUUCAAAAUCUUCAAGACUAACACACAUUCAUUCAUGUACAGAACGAGAUUCAAAUCAUCCUUCUCAUCAUCAUCAUUCCAAGAUUAAAAAAUUUAAAUUAGCCGAUGAUAUUCUCUAUCAAAAUAAGCCUCAAGUGAUUUGUCCAAUGUGUAGAAUUUUUAUGAAUUCAUUUCCAGAUUCAUUAAAUUCAGAAGAUUAUGAACCAUCCAUGUUAGAAGAAAUUGCGAAUAUUCUCACUCAUGGAUUACCAUUUCCUGGUUUUGUUUAUUUAUUUUACAAAUUAUUUGUGCAAGUUGUAAAUACGAGAGAUGAAUGGAUAGCAGCUUGUUUAUAUUGUAUUUCUUUACUUGCAUUGUUUAUGGUUUCAACAUUAUAUCAUGUCAUGUGUUUAAUUUAUGGAAAAUUCUCAACACAGACGUAUUGGUUCCGAAUUGUAGAUUACGCAACCAUUUAUUUAUUUAUUGCUGCAUGUUAUACACCUUUUUUGAUGGUCAUUCAACUUGGAGUGUGGAAUUUUUGGGGAAGGUUGUUAACCAUCGCUGUUUGGAUGUUAGCGUGUUGUGGAUUAAUUAAGGCAUUUUCAGAAGGACGAUAUUUACAACAGAUUAGUAAUGCAACAUUGUUUAAUAUUAUGGGAUGGAUUGCAUUGCUUGGAAUUCCUCAAUCCAUGUUCAUUCAUGUGCCAUUAGAAGCGUAUAUUGGUCUCUUUUUUGGAGCAGCUUGUUUUUCAUUUGGAUUUGUGUUUUUAAAUGGAGACGGUGUGAUACCCUUUUCACAUGCUUGGUGGCAUUUAAUUUCUGUAUUUGGAAUAUUAUCACACUUUUUAUGUAUUUAUUGCUACAUGUUUCAAUUGGACGACAUGUUCCAUCCAGAGCAGUGUUCUUUCAAUUCUAAAGUCGUUUGGAUGCAAAUCAUGGAUACUGUGAAGGGAGAACGAAAAUUAUUUGGUCAUGUAACUCCAUUCCUAUAG